AAGGCGUAUUUGAACCAUUGUACAUUGGUUGCCACGGUAACAGAAACUUGUAUUACAAAACACCCUGAUUUCCGUUCUUUCUCUCUUUUCCUAGGUAUUAACACUACAAUGUUUCGAUCACCAAGUUCCAAUUUUUUGCCACAUUCCAGCGCCACUCAGACGCGUUUCCUACAGAACAGAAUUCAAGUCAUUGAAAAACACUUUGGUGAGAUCUGUACGGCCCUUGCGGUUUAUACUAGGAAAAUAGCUAGUCAAAGAGACAAAGGAGAUUGUCUGGCGCAGACGUUAAACGAGUACGCUGCAGCCGAAAAUGUCAACAAAAACUGCAGUCAGGGUAUUAAGGAUUUUGCCGAUAGCAUUUCUUUCAUAUCAGACUACAGAGAUACUUGCGUUAACCGAUUGGAAGAGACCAUCAUUCAAGAAAUUUCGGAUUAUGCGGGAAUCUGUAAGUCAGCCAUGGAAGACAUCCGAAGUUGUAGCGUCGCAUACGAAAAAGAGAUAAGUCAGCUAAAGUAUGUUCACAAGCUACGGCAACAAAACCCAUUAGGCCGAAUGCAAAUCGGAAAAGCAGAGAGUGAUUUAGCACAAGCCACUACUCAAUCCGUCCGUCUAGGAAAAUCUAUAGAAGAAAGAAUCGAUAAAUUGGAAAAGAAGAAACUCGAAGAUCUAAUUGGCUGGAUGAAGAAAUUGGCUUUGAUUGAAAUGAGUUUACACUCUUCGUCGCUAUCGAUUUUAACCAAGGCAUACCAACAGCUAGAAAAUGUUGAUAUUGAAUCAGACCUCGAAGAGUUCCGGAACACUUUAAGACUCAAUUUGCCACUCGCAGAAUCUAGUCCGGCCAGAGCCCAAUCAGUUCCAUCAAUUGCUUUGCCUAAAACGCCAACUGAUAUCCCGUCUAAAGUAAAAAGAUCCAAAUCUUUCUCGGAUUACAGACAACGGGCUGAGUCUCUAGAUUCACUAAAAGUAGAAGAGUACGAAGAGCUAAAACAAACUGAAGAUUCAGACGACGAUGAAGAAUCUGAGAAAGAACCAUCCCCACCGCGGAUGUCGGUUGUGCGGCGCAAAUAGCCAGUUCAACGCCAAAGAGGUCCAAAGUCUGAUUUAUUUUAAAGGUUGGUGUUAAAUACAAUAGCAAGUACAGGAAACCUUUCACAUCUCUCCUAGUGCUGCUGCCGUUUGAUGCGGCGCUCCAGUUUGCGUUUUUUCUUAUCGUCCUGUGCAUCUUGCUCUGCAGUAGGUGCCUUUUGGAAGAACCAUGGACUAAGGAAAUUUUUCCACGCCAUAUGGAACAAUCGACAAGGGACCUACAAAGGAGAACACAGCAUCUAAAAACCUAUGCUAAAAAGAAGCUAUUUGAUGACAUACCACCAGUAGAAUUAGCCAAAAGUAACUGGAAAUGGAAGACAGGACUUCGGUUGCACUUGUUAAGAUAAUGGCAUCCUUAAUGUGCCUGUUAACAAAACAUAAAAUCUACAAUAUAAAUAAAUUCAACUAAGUUAUACAAUUA